CAGGCGCAGUAGCCGGGCGACGGAGCGUGUGUUUCCAAAAUGGCGGCAGCGAUGGAUGUGGAUACCCCGAGCGGCACGAACAGCGGCGCGGGCAAGAAGCGCUUUGAAGUAAAAAAGUGGAAUGCGGUAGCCCUCUGGGCCUGGGAUAUUGUGGUUGAUAACUGUGCCAUCUGCCGGAACCACAUUAUGGAUCUUUGCAUAGAGUGUCAAGCCAACCAGGCGUCUGCUACUUCUGAAGAGUGCACCGUUGCGUGGGGAGUCUGUAACCAUGCUUUUCACUUCCACUGCAUCUCCCGCUGGCUCAAAACACGGCAGGUGUGUCCGUUGGACAACAGAGAGUGGGAAUUCCAAAAGUAUGGGCACUAGAAAAAGAGAAUUGUUCCAUCAAGCUCAACUGUAUGAUUAGCCACUUAAUGACUUGCCCUCCUGUUACUUAAUUAUAAAUUAGAUAGAACUGUGUUUUUUCUGCUUUGUCUUUUCAGUUUGCUAUUCCUGCACCCAUAUUGUAUUCUGUGUCAAAUAAAAUCCAGUUGGAUUCUAGAACA